AUGUGCAGCAUUAUUUGAUGUGGUGACGUUUAUCAAGAAGCUUUAGCAUCUAAAACCACUUGAGAGCAUUUCAUUGGACAGGAAAUUUGAUGAGAAGCUGAAGGUGAUAAAAAUCUAUACCUUUGUAGCGCACGUGCCGUAGGCUACUGUAGUUUUUGAAUGCUUAUAUCGUCUGUAUGAGAAUUUGGUCAGUGUUUUGGACCAUACCAGUAGCCUAUAUAUCAUAUAUAUUUAUAACAUAUUUAUACUAAAAGGAGAAAAGUUUCAUUUUAAUUUCAGGGGGGCUUUUAUAAUUAACACAAAUCAAUAAUUUUCAAACAAAAAUUAACAAACAUUUUUGCAUUUCGUCACUACUUCCCAGCCAAAUGUCAAUUGUAUAACUGUUUUCAUCUGAGGGUUGCCAUAGAUCUUUAACUGUUGCCUCAGUUAUCAAGUUACAGACCUGCACAGACACUACACUACAGCGGUGAUGUCUCAAAGGAGAGGUAUCACAAAACCCUUCAAGAAUACUCUAGUGUGCAAACUAAGGAGAAACUGUCUUUUAAGUUCUCACCAUGCCAGCAUCCAACCUGGGCUGGCCAGAAGAGUUUGGCUUUCAGAUAGGAGGGAAUGGACCCAGCUACAUCCUAACUGUGGAGGAGGGAAGCAGUGCUCACCUGUCUGGGCUUCAACCUGGAGACCAGGUGUUGGAGAUCGAGGGCCAGAAUGUUUCCAGCCUUAGUGCUCAAGAGGUCAUCGCCCUGGCCCAGUCACAAAAAAACAUCCCACCGAGCAUUGGAGUCGUCUCACGCAUCGAACAGAUGGAUAUCACACCAGGCCCUGACGGUCGUUUCGGAUUUACUAUAGUGGGAGACUGCCCCCUGCUGGUAGAGGAUUGCUCACCCUGCUCUCCAGCUGGUCGUAGUGGUCUCAGGGCUGGAGAUUAUGUCAUGGAGGUUAAUGGGAUCCCGGUGAAGCACCAUGAGAUGGCUGCGGCUUUGAUUAAAGCCUCUCAGGGUCGAACGCUGCGUCUUGGGGUGUUGUGUAUGGGACGUCAGAAGCGCAGUAGUGGCAGCCUGGAGGACCCUCAGAAAGGGAUAGAUGGUAUGCGUCAGGAUCGCAAACACAAGGCCUUGGAGUUCAACAGAAAGGUUGAGGAGAUUUUAAGGAACGAGCCAGAGGUGAAGGAGAAGCUGUUUGCUGUAUUAAAACAAUUCGCUGCUGAGAGGAAGGUGGAUUGGCUCGCGUCCGUUCUCCCUGACAUUUUGACAACCGAAGAGCAGCAACAGCUCAUCUCAAACAUCAGGAUCUUCAUUCCCAAGAAGCACCGCCAACGUUUUGACGAGGCCGUGUCUCAGAGUCUCCUGAACCGCGUGUGUCGCAGCAAAAGCCUGACUGAGCCCCAAAACAGGCUCAGACGUAGCCGGAGUCAGGACCACCAUGAGCGCCCGCAGGGAUCCAAACGUGCCAGCUCGGUCCCCAGAGACACAGGCGAUGACCCGGCCCAACCCGAGCGUGGCCUUAGAAAGAGCAACACCAUGGUUCCUAGCCACUACGUCACUGGAGUCAACCAGAGAACCAUCCGGGUGUACAGAGGUAAAAAAAGUUUCGGAUUUACUCUGAGAGGCCACGCCCCUGUGUGGAUCGACUCAGUAAUAGCAGGUAGUCCAGCAGAGGCCUGCGGCCUUAAACCAGGAGACCGGAUAUUAUUCCUAAAUGGACUCGACAUGAGGAACUGCUCCCAUGAGAAGGUAGUGUCCAUGCUGCAGGGCAGUGGUGCCAUGCCCACUAUAGUUGUGGAGGAGGGUCCAGUAGAUUUUCCACUGUCCGACUCAGAGCCAGAGGACACACCGACAGUCCCGCGCUCACGCUCUCCGGCCCUCAGCUCACUGCAGUGGGUAGCUGAGAUCCUGCCCCCCAGCAUCCGGGUACAUGGACGUACCUUCAGCCAACAACUUGAACACCUGCUUACCCUGCAAGAAAGAUACGCCAUCUGCAAAGCCCUGGAGACGUUCUUCCAGCACAGGAAUGUGGACACACUCAUUGUGGAUGUUUUUCCUGUGCUGGACACUCCAGCCAAACAGCUGAUCUGGCAGUUCAUAUAUCAGUUGCUGACCUACGAGGAGCAGGAACACUGCAAGAACAAGAUCGCCCGCUUCCUGGGUUUCAAAAGCGCAGAACCAGAACUCGGUCCAGAAACCCACAGACGCAGUAGCUCCAUGCGAGUGUCGAGUUCUUCUCACAAAAACAAUGUGAGGGAGAGAAGUUCAGAUGACUGCAUCAUCGGCACUCACCUCGGGAUGGGAACAUUCACUGACCCUGUGACUCCUGAGGAAAGACAAUGUGGGGAUGGCACUUCCUUCCCAGAAUCCCCAGAUCUCAGCCACAUGUCAGGAAUGUACACGGAGCUUGGGAACGUGUACGUCGGGAAGAACGACAGCACUCUCCAGAGUCACUCCUCGCCCAGGGCUGUCGGCAUGAGCCACACCGAGAACAAUACAUACACGCAGUCCUAUACACACAGUAACACAGGGAACCGUAAAUCUGGCCUCUCUCUGACUUGGACUGAAUCCUUUCCAGGCCCUCAGUUUGAGUCUUACCAGCAGAUUGUUCGUUCUCCGGGCAGUGUCGAAUCUAAUCCUUAUGUUAGUUUGGACAGCCCCCCUCCCUCCCCUCUGCCUUCCGACGAGCCUCCCAGCUCUCUUCCUCACCGCAGGAAGCUCUUCACCUUCUCACGUCCACCUCGCAGCCGAGAUACAGACAAGUUCUUGGAUGCCUUGAGCGAGCAGCUGGGUCACCGUGUCAACAUCGUGGAUGACAUUAAAGGAGGAGAGAACGACUAUGAGGAGAUGAGUUUCCAAGAUGAACAGGAGGUCAACAUGCUUCCUCAUGAACUGAGCAGUGCCAGCAGUGAAGACCACAGCAGCAGUGAUGACUCCACCUCAGUCUCUUACUCAUCAGGUUCUGACCACAUCCCCCCUCCCCCACAGAGCCCCCCACCUCCGCCGCCUCCCCUCCAAUUCACAGACCCUCCCUCGCCCAUUCCCAUCACCCCGGAACACCUACCCCAGCCUCCGCCAGCCUUCCAGCACCACCCCAUAAUAGCCCCGCCCCCACCACCGCCCCGCUCCUUUCUCCUCAACCGCCCCUCCAUACACAAGGUCCUUCCAACCAGCGAAGAUCUCAGAUCCCAACAUACCCAUCCUCGACGCUCCUCUCCUCAGCCCAGCACUCAGCUGGUUCUCCAGCUGCACCAACCAAAAGCUCACCCCAUCCUGCAGUCCACCCCACACACCGCUCCUCAACCUCCACAAGCAAAAACGCAGCACACACACCUUCGACAUCCCACCCAGUCCAUCUAUCAGAGCCAGCAGACCUCUGCUGCCAGAACUUCCCCCAGCCAGCCCAAACAACAGAUCCAUCAUUCCAAACCUUCGUAUGAAAGCACACUGUCGAGCAAGGUACCCCCACCACCCCCACCUCCUCUACCACCACCUUGCGAUCCUCCACCUUUACCCAAACCCAGCCCGAAAGCAUCUGACAACAAUCACAUGAGCGUGAAGAGAUUACGCUGGGAGCAGGUGGAGAACUCUGAAGGAACUAUCUGGGGACAGCUGGGAGAUGAUCCUGAUUAUCAUAAACUGAGUGACAUGGUGAAGUAUCUGGAUCUGGAUCUGUACUUUGGCACACAGAGGAAUUCCAUCUCUCUUCCAGAGCCCGCGUUCCUGCCCGAGAACUUUAAAAAGAAAGACGUGGUAGAGAUUCUUUCCCAUAAAAAGGCCUACAACGCCUCUAUCCUCAUUGCGCACCUGAAGCUGUCGCCGAAUGAACUGCGAGAAAUCCUCAUGACCAUGAGCACCGAGCGCCUGGAACCCUCGCACAUCAAACAACUGCUGCUGUAUGCACCCGAUGACGAAGAGGUCAAACAGUUUCAACACUACAACCAAGACCCAUCCAAGCUCAGUGAGCCCGACCAGUUUGUCCUACAGAUGCUACAUGUACCGGAGUAUAAGACCAGACUCAGGAGUCUUCUCUUCAAGACCACUGUCCAAGAGAAAACAGAAGAAAUGAGAGCUGCUUAUGAGUGCAUCUACAAAGCCUCUUUAGAGCUCAAAAACAGCAAGAGGCUGGCCAAGAUCCUGGAGUUUGUUUUAGCUAUGGGAAAUUAUCUGAAUAAUGGUCAGCCAAAAACGAGUAAAACAACGGGGUUCAAAAUAAAUUUUCUUACUGAGCUAAACACAACAAAAACAGUUGAUGGAAAGUCAACCUUUCUCCACAUUCUUGCCAAAUCACUAUGCCAACACUUCCCAGAACUCCUCAGCUUCGCCAUGGACCUCGUAACAGUGCCACAAGCUGCCAAAGUUAAUCAGAGGACCAUUACUGCUGAUCUCAGUGACCUUCACUCCACCAUCCAGGAAAUAAGAACUGCCUGUUCAAAAAUACCAGCCACUGCAGAGGACCAUUUUGCAGCGGUUAUGAGUAGCUUUCUAGAGAACAGUCAUCCAUCUGUGCAGUCACUGGACUCCCUGCAGCAAAGAGCUAUGGAUGAGUUUAAUAAGGUGGCAUCUUACUUUGGAGAAGACAGUAAGGCCACAACCACCGAAGCCUUUUUUGGCAUCUUUGCUGAAUUUAUCUCCAAAUUUGAGAGAGCACUCAAUGAAAUACAGGGAACAGAAAACCCUAGAAGCCCUCGGAUAGCCUCACCGCUGGCAUGGUGAAACUAGGUUUCUAUAACCAAUACUGCCCAUGUGCCAAUAACAGAAAACUUGAUAGCGUGGAGGGAAACGGACUUAGAUGGAUUUAAAAAUAUAUUUAGAAUAAAGAAUAUAUAAAUACAGUAUUUAUAAAAAAGUAUUUUAAAGGGACAGUUCACCCAAAAAUAAAAAUUCUGUCAUCAUUUACUCACGCUCAAGUUCCAUACCUGUAU